AUAAAAAUCAUUCAUGGAGAGAGAGAAUAGCAAACAGAGUCUAUUUACUCUGUAAUUGAUUCCUCUCAGCUUUCUUCUCACCUCUUCGUCUUCGUCUUCGUUUUCGUCUUCUCUGCGACAACUUUUUAGUCCUCAAAACUGCGUCGUAUUGGAUUCAAUCCGAGCUCAAACUGCCACUAUUGGCGGUUAAUUAUACCUCACCCGAAUCAGGCGGAGCACGUUCGUCACCAACUGCUUCUUAUCAACCUCCGUCGCUCUCUGUUCCCACAACUGUAAUUUCCAAACAAAAAAGGUCCAAUUUUCAGAAAAGUCACAGUCACCGUCACCAUCGUAGCCGUUGAUUUCAGCGUCUGGGAUGGAGAAAUCGAAUGUAUUGAGAGGCAGUUACCUAAAUGGAGCUUACCAUCCUUCCCUAUCUUCUUCUUCUCGCGCAGAUGUCAAUUACAGCUGUGGAUCUUGUGGCUAUGAGCUAAACCUAAGCUCUAACAACCGGAACACUUCUACCAUUGGCUCUAACAAGUAUGGUAAAUCUAUAAAGCGAGGGAUUAUAUCAUUCUUUCACAUCGAUGACAGCAGAUUUACGCAGGUUGAUGAACUUCAAUGUAAACCUCAUUUCUCUAAGCGGUCUUGGGGUUUGUUCAGCCGGAGAACUAAACUGCUUUGUCGCAAGUGUGGUAAACAUAUAGGAAAUGCUUAUGAUGAUUAUACUUCAUCUUCUUUCCCACUAGUAUUAGAUGGAUCGGAUUCAUCCUCAGGCCGUGAGCUUUCGAAAUGCAGAAAAUAUGAUGUUAGAAUUCGAUCUUUGCAGCCUUCAAAUUCUGAAGAAUGCGGCACUCCAAUUUUCGGUUGACAUAUCUGAGCAGGCCUAGUUUGUAUUUUCCUUCAUGCUAAAGAAGCACCCGCAGCAACAGCUGCCGAACAUUUGCUUCUGCAAUACUCGUAUCUAUGAGGUUGUUCUCUGUAUUGAUUGGAUUGCAGUUUUGUGUUUUCCUAUAUUUAUUUAGAAAAUUACUUGUAUAUAAAAAAGUUUGUUCAGCGUUGGAGGAAUUAUGGUGUGGAAUUUUUGAAGUGCUUUGAAUGUUUAAGCAACGU